GCCCCGGCGGAGAAGCUGAGGUCAUCAUCGAAUUUGAAAUAUUUAAAGUGGAUACAAAACUGUUUCAGCAAUGCAGACAAUUAAGUGUGUUGUUGUGGGCGAUGGUGCCGUUGGUAAAACAUGUCUUCUGAUAUCCUACACAACAAACAAAUUUCCAUCUGAGUAUGUACCAACUGGUUUUGACAACUAUGCAGUCAAAGUUAUGAUUGGUGGAGAGCCAUAUACUCUUGGACUUUUUGAUAAUGCAGGGCAAGAGGAUUAUGACAGAUUACGACCGCUGAGUUAUCCACAAACAGAUGUAUUUCUAGUCUGUUUUUCAGUGGCCUCUCCAUCCUCAUUUGAAAAUGUGAAGGAAAAGUGGGUGCCUGAAAUAACUCACCAUUGUCCAAAGACUCCUUUCUUGCUUGUUGGGACCCAAAUUGAUCUCCGAGAUGACCCCUCUACGAUUGAGAAACUUGCCAAGAACAAACAGAAGCCUAUCACUCCAGAGACUGCUGAAAAGCUGGCCCGUGACCUGAAGGCGGUCAAGUAUGUGGAGUGUUCUGCACUCACACAGAAAAGCCUAAAGAAUGUAUUUGACGAAGCAAUACUGGCUGCCCUGGAGCCUCCCGAACCGAAGAAGAGCCGCAGGUGUGUGCUGCUACGAACAUCUCUCCAGAGCCCUUUCCACACAGCUGGUGUCAGCAUCGUACUAAAAGCAAUGUUAAAUCAAACUAAAGAUUAAAGAUUAAAAUUCGUU